CAGUGAUCGCAUGACACAUGCCUCCCUAAAUGUUGGCUGCCGGGGGGAGGGAAGCGUGGUUGCUGUACGAAUGGACCCUUCCACAACGUCAACACUAAAACAACCAGCGUGCAGCAGUUUAUGUGAGACUUCAUACCAGCAACAACGAAACGGUGUUAUUUGGAGGCUGUGCGCAGGGGAACUCGUUACUGAUUCUCAGUGGACAAUGCCCCGCGUACGGGUGUUGGAUCGAUCCGGACACGGACUCAACUUUGUCGACGUGGAUGGGAGGUGGUUUCCCGGGGACGUGGACGAGCAGCUCAUCCGGGGAGUUCCAGAUAUGGAAAUCCGGGAUGAUGACGUCAUAAUCUGUGGCUGGAUGCGUUCAGGGACGCACUGGACAUUUGAAAUGACUAACAUGAUCCUCAAUGGGAGUGCCCAGACGGUAGAAAUGCCCAAGCAGGAUCAGAUGAUCGAGAGAAUAUCCCUGGACCAGCAGAGGGCUCUUCUCUCCCCUCGCGUCCUCAAUACGCAUCUUCGAUUCCACCAUCUCCCUCUCAGUGCGCGAAAAAAGAAAACCAAAAUCAUCUUACUGCUGAGAAACCCAAGAGAUUGUGCUGUGUCGUGGUUCAACUUCCAGAAGACGAUUGAAUAUUUUGAUUAUGACGGCAGCUGGGAGGAUUGGUUGCAGCUAUUCUUGGAGGGGAAGAUGGACUGGGGUUCCUGGUUUGAUUACGUCAGAGAUUGGGAGAGAGUCGUUGACGAAAACCCUGACCAUCCCAUAUUUCUCCUUCACUAUGAAGAACAUAAAGCUGAUCCAGUUGAAGCUGUGGAGCGGUUGUCCAGAUUCCUUGACUGCCCGGUGACCAGUGACCUGUCCCGGAAAAUAGCAGACGAGUGCAGCUUUGACAAGAUGAAGGACAACAAGCGAAACUUUGCCUGGACAUCACAGAGUGGCGUGCACGUCCAUUACCGCAAAGGCAAAGUUGGAGAUUGGAAAAAUUGGUUCACAGUGCGGCAGUGUGAAGAGUUUGACAAAGUGUAUCGACAGAAGAUGGCGGGAUCUCGUUUUGAAAGGCUUUGGUCAUCAUGAGUCAAGUGACAGCGGGGACGGGAGUGGUCCAUUCGGCUAAGGCUCCGCUAUUCCCAGAAGCGUGCAGGACUCCUGUGAUCGAUAGUUCGAAUCCCACUAUCACCCUGAUUAUGAUCCUCAUUCUCUCACUGUAAAGCCAUCAUUCCUUGUAUGACACGUUACUUUAAUACAGGGAGUGGGAAAGUGUAUUUUAUUAUUCAACCCUCAUUCCAGCAGUCUUCGAAAAUGUGAUCGAAAAGAACAACAUGCUAAGUAAAGUACACUGGUAAAUGUGCCAUUAAAAAUCCUUUCGAAUUGCUUGCCACAGUUGUUUUCCCCAAAAUAUUGUUCCCUGAAUAUCCCUAUAAAAAAUGAGAUUUUGGUCCAAUAUAAAUAGCCAUUGACCAUAAACAGUCUGCCUUAAUAGCCAUAGGAAUAUGAUAUAGGACAUAUCUAACACCGUUUCUAACCCUUACUCGUAAAGAAAGAUUUUGCAAACUAUGUCAAUUUGGCCUAAUAGAAGACCAGUUUCAUUUCCUGCAAGUGUGCCCUGCAUAUACUCACCUACGCCAUCUCUAUAUUCCUUCAAAAUAUUAUUUACUCCCAAAUGUACAUAAGUUUAAUAUGUUUUUAUCUACACCUAACACAAAGCUCAUUAUUAAUAUCGACCCGUGAAGAUUCCGGGUCAGAAUAGGUCUUCAGCAACCCAUGCUUGCCGUAAAAGGUGACUAUGCUUGUCGUAAAAGGCGACUAACGGGAUCUGGUGGUCAGGCUCGCUGAUUUGGU